AUGGGAAAAGGCUCAAUAACUGAAACCCUAGUUGAGGCUCGUUUGGGUAGAGGAUGGAGAAGGUACGGUUGGUCUGAGGCGGCGAAUAGAGGAUCUGAAUUGCGCUGGUCGCUGCCGGUGGGAGCGAGAUCGCCGGUAGUAAUGUUUCUGAGACCAUAGACAACGUUAAGAACUUAAUUGAGACAUGCAUUUACAAGUACAUGAGUUUGGAAGAAACGGAGACAUAUGUGGAGGACAAUCACAAGAUUAGUCACCAUCUCACCAAACCAAUAUGGGAGCAGCUUCAGAAAGAGAGUCCAGAGUUUUUCAAGAAGUACUACUUCCUCUGUGAAUUAGCGCGUCAGAUCGUCUCUUUUUCCUGA